AUGGUAGAGAUAGAACCAAGACACGGUGACCAUCAUUACAUAAAUGUCAAGUAUGGGUAUAUAAUAUUUGGCUUGUCGCUACUUCAAAUCCUAUACCUCAUCGUAUUCAAACUUUUAUUCAUACGACAAUGGAAAAAGUCAGGAAUAUAUAAUAAUGCCUUGUCUAAAUUAUCGUCGCCAGCUACAUGGCCAAUUAUAGCAAUAUGGGUGGUUACUAUUGCGGUUAUUGCUCAAUAUCACAUUGGAAGCUUUGCUCAUGACUAUAUUGUCGUGGCAAAACGCUUGGGGAGAAUAGCAUAUUCAUUAAUACCAAUGAAUAUAUAUCUAAUAUUGAGAUUCCCCAAUUCUUUCAAUUGGAAUAGUGGGUAUUAUUUACAAAACUUGAAUCAACACAAAUGGUUGUCUAGAGUGAUCUUUAUAUUAUCCUUGUUACAUGCAGUUGGAUUCACUUAUAAAUGGAUCAAGGAAGGCACUAUUUCUAAAUUUGUAAAGUUUUUCAAUUUUUUGGGAGUUUUGACACUCUUGCCAUUUAUGCUAUUGAUCAUUGUUUCUAUUCGAUAUAUGAGAAGAAAAUGGUAUUUUGGGUUUUAUAUCAUACACAAUAUUACCUCUUGGUUGAUGGUUAUCUUAAUCACUUUCCAUGCAAGACCAGGAGUUUUACUAUUUGGUAUAUCAAGUUUGAUUCUUUUAGCUUUACAGCUAUAUCUAAGGUUUGCUAAUGGUUAUAGGGUUAACGCAACCAAAGUUAUAGAUGUUCCGCUGUCAAGCUUACAGAUUGUUGAAAUACCCACACCUCAAAAUUUCCCACUCUGGCUACCUGCUAGUCACCUACGAAUAAAUUACCCGCUACUGAAUGCUCGGAGUUGGAUUGGUGCAACGCAUCCUUACACAAUUGCCUCGAUUCACGAAGAUGGUAACAACUCUUUAACUUUGAUUACUAAAAAGACAACAUUCCAGUUCAUGCAGCAUUUGGGUUAUCUUAUUACUGGACCAUAUCCCGCAUUACCUCCACCUUUCUAUACUAGUGCUCAAGUUGUCAAUAUUGUGUGUGGCGGGCUGGGAAUUUCCUUUGGAUUACCCAUUUUCCAAUUUUUCAAAUCGUCAAACCACGAAGCAACAAUUGUUAAUUUAGUUUGGUGUGUCCGUAACAAAGCUGACCUUUUCAUAGUAAGAAAGUUUGAUUUGACAGGUGCGCAAAUCUAUGUUACUUCCCCAGUUAGUCAAGAACAAGAGGAGGAGCAAGCUAAUAUUCCCGAAUUUGUCAUUCACGAUGAACACCAUGAGGAAAAUCAUGGAUUACUUGAAGAAAAUAUUGAAUUACAAAGCAUAAAGGGACAAGAUGAUGACGAUGAGUUCGAUAAACAAAAACCAGAUUUCCUAAACAAUAACAAUAACAACAACAACAACAAUUUCAAGUUUGGCAGACCUAAAUUGGAUGAAGUUUUUGCCAUCGACAACCCAACAAUAACUUACGAUCCAAAAUGCAGUUGGGUUUUGGCUUGUGGCCCUGAUGGUUUAAUAAAGGAUGCCAAAAUAUGGGCAAAAGAGCAUGAUUACGAGUUUUUCUAUGAGAAAUAUGAGAUGUGA